GUGUAACAUAUUGGGCCAAAAUAGAUUGUUUGGUAGGGGGAAGUAUAUGUAUAAAUGCAUUUUGUCAAGAGUUGUACUCAUUUAUUAUGAAAUUGGUUCGGUGAUAUGAGAGCCCUACUAAGUAUUUUAGUGGGGGCGUUUUGCCUCCUGACCGUAGCACAUAGCGAGGCAGGGAAGACCACAGAAGCCUCCAAACAUGUGAAGAGAAGCCUCCACGGUUGGGAAGAAACCCACGAAGAGUGGGCUGCACCCAUCGAGCAUCACGAAGAGUGGAAAGUUCCAGAACAUCAUGAGGAAAAGCACGAGGAAUGGAAGAUCCCCGAGGAAAAACAUGAAGAGUGGAAAAUCCCUGAGGAGAAACACGAAGUAAAACAUGAAGAGUGGAAAAUCCCUGAGGAGAAACACGAAGUAAAACAUGAAGAAUGGAAAAUCCCUGAGGAGAAACACGAAGAAAAACAUGAAGUGUGGAAAAUCCCUGAGAAGAAACACGAAGUAAAACAUGAGGAGUGGCAUACUCCAGAGAGUCAUGAAGUGAAGCAUGAGGAAUGGAAAAUUCCAGAGCAUCAUGAGGAAAAGCAUGAGGAAUGGAAACCUAAAGAAGAAAAACAUCAUCACCAUCACCAUCAUGUUGAGAAGACGGUUACCAUUGUGAAAGAAGUCAAAGUUCCAUACCCUGUAGAAAAGGAGGUCAAAGUGCCCGUUUACAAAGAAGUACCUUAUCCAGUUGAAGUAAAAGUACCGAAGCCUUAUCCUGUUAUUAAAGAAGUACACGUUCCUGUCAAAGAGGUUCACGAGGUCAAGGUACCGGUGCACAAACCAGUACCUGUAGAGAAGAUCGUCAAAGUACCCGUAGAAGUAAAAGUUGACGUGCCCUACCCAGUAAAGGUAGAAAAACCCUUCCCCGUACCUGUCGAGAAAAAAGUAUACGUCCACUACCCCGUCAAAGUACCCAGACCCUACCCCGUGGUCAAAGAGAUACCGUUUCCAGUCAAAGUUCCAGUCCACGUUAUAAAACCAUAUCCAGUGCAUAAAACUGUACAUUAUCCAGUGAAGAAAUAUGUGGAUAAGCCAAGACCAGUACCAGUGGAGAAGCCGUACCCAGUCAAGGUUGAGAAGAAAGUUUGGGUACCUUAUGAAGUGAAAAAGCCGUACCCAGUAAAGGUUUAUGUUGAAAGACCCGUUCCAGUGAAGGUUGAAAAGGAGGUGCCAUAUCCUGUGGAGGUUAAGGUUCCAAAACCAUACCCGGUUGAGAAAAUAGUCAAAGUCAAAGUCGAAAAAGAAGUACCAUAUCCCGUAGAAGUAAAAGUUGAACGACCAGUCCCAUACGAAGUAAUAAAACAUGUCCCAUACACUGUAAUCAAGAAAGUACCAUACCCCGUGAAGGAACUGGUGCCAGUACCCAUAAAAGAGCAUCAUCACGAGCAUAAGCAUCACCACAAGCAGGAGGAGAAGAAGCAAGAGGACCACGGAUGGCAUAAAGAAGAAGAAAAACAUGGUUGGGAAGAAAAGAAAGAAGAAAGUCAUGAAGUUCAUGGUCAGGAACAUGGACAUCAUGAAGAAGAGAAGAAAUGGGAGGACUAUGAGAAGAAAGAAGAGCACAAACAUCCUAAGUUUGAAGAGGAAGAUAAUCCUGAAGAUUGGAGAUGGUAAUAAUUUUAUGUAGGUGCGUAGUUUUGGUCGAAACUAUGGAAUAUGACAUAAAUUUGCACAACUUUAAAUUUCCAAAGCACAAGUUACGGUAAAUCGCUAUUAUAAAAGUAACGAAACAAUUACAGGAGCUUGUUUUUAGUAAAAUUAUCUAGUUACCUGGUAUUGCAAGCUACAUUCCUAUCUAAAGCAAUUUACACUACCUAAAUUUCUACACUGAGCAAAAAUUCAUUUUGUUCUUACUCUGGAUAGAGGUAGGUCGUACAUACAUUUUACGUCAAAUAGCGUCCCAGGAUAAUAGAACAUUACAUGCCUAGUUUGAAAAGUGGACCAUUAUUGGGUGAGUCCUUUUAUAACGCGCUUAUGUCUCAACAGUUCUAAAAUAUUCCGAAAUAUAAAGCCCUGUUGCUAAACUGUACUAUCUAAACUAGACAGGUUACAAUUUCAAAUUGCAUUAUUAUUUACCUAGGUGUUUUUUGUUUUCAUUAAUUACCCACGGAAAGAAGUGCAACUUCUCAAUAGGGAAUCGCUGUAAAUAAUGAUGAUUUCUCGGACUAGUACUGAAAAAAUAUUUUCUAGGCAUUUCCAACUGACAAAAGACUAAACUCCAUGGUGAUCAGUAGUGGUCAUAUUUUUAACGACAUGAUGUAUUGUGGUUUUUAGGGUUUGUUUUCUGAUCGACCGUUGAAGUCUCCUUUAAAAAUCCGAUUAAAACCGUCUUGCCUUUGCCUUUCUGCGAGUCAAAAACAGGGCAUUUAAAUAAUGAAAUUUUGAAGAAUAGUCCUUGCUGUGCCGUUUCAUAUUGUAGAAUCAAAGAUAACUGCUUAACAGUAACACAUUGGGCUCUACUGAUUUCAAAACUUACUGUGUCACGAAUCUAAUAGCAUUUUCAAUUUCUUACAGUUUAGGCAAUUUUUCUUGUAAGAAUGUUCUGCACUUUACACAAUAUUUUCUGUCACCCUACGUUUUACCGAGAAAACCAUUUGUACCAGGGGGAUUACUUGUGCACCAACAAAGCAUAUUUAUGGUAAAUGGAUCUCAGUAGAUUUGUCUAAAAAUUGAGUAUGAAAUAUUUUUCAUUCUUUAACAACAGUUCUCGUAGAACCGAAGUAAUCAUAUGAUUAGUUUCUGAGAAAUAGAGGGGGGGAGGCGGUUGCU